GACAAGAAUCCAUUGCUGGAGUGAUGGAGUGCGUUCCUGGGACAUCAUUAAGUAUACUUUCUCUUCUUUCAGUGAGAAUGGGAAGAUUGGUGUAGUGUGCGGGACUUGCAUGGGAUAGGCAAAGGUAAUCCAAAGUCAUCAAGUGCCUUUUCACGGAAUAUCCAAUGAUGAAGGAGAAAAAAAGAACAAGCUUGCAUGAGAAGUUGAAGAAAAAAGGUCGACAAGUGCUGGGAGAGAUUCUGCCGACCUAUCUUCUUCCUUUCCGCCCCGUCGGACCUGACCGAUACCGAUUGGGCGAAGUUCGACAGAGAAAAGAAUGUCUGAAUAUUCUUAUACUCGGAUUGACAGGAUCAGGGAAAUCGAAGUUGAUGGAGGUGAUGGGGAAUUACGGGUUGGGAGUGAAUUACCGGGAUCCCCAUCGAUUCUUGGUGAAGGAGGAAGGACCCACUAAGAGGAUCACAUCCCACACCUUUUUCACAAGGGACAAAGAAAAAUUCCCCCGACCCGUCACUAUCAUUGAUACGCCGGGCUUCCUAAAGGGGACCCUCAAAGAGGACAGCACAUUGAUAGUAGACAUUCGCGCUUUCAUCCACUCUAACCAUCCUCUGGGCAUCCAUGCCGUGGUUUACGUCGUCCCCGGUUCUCAGGGGAGGUUGGCGGCAGAGCAGAGUGUAAUGCUGCAGAAGAUGGCCACAGUCUUGGGAGAUGAGCUUGAGGGAAUCACAGAAAACACAUAUUUGUUUUGCUCAUUUGCGGACGGCAGACGCCUCCCCGUUUUGGACUCCGUGAAAGUAGCUGGACUCCAGUUCAAGAAGCACUUCCCUGUGAAUAGCUCUUCCUACUUUGUCAUAGAUGAGAAGGACGAAAUUGAGUCUUCUGUCGAGGAAGGCGAGGAAGCAAAAAGAGAAAGAAAAUCAGAAUCCAUCAACCAACUGCUUUUCAAGAUGACGACAGAGAGCUUGGAAAUUUUCAUUAAUGACAUUCAGGCGAAUCGUCCAAUACGUCCUCCUCUGGAUAAAAAUAAAAGAAAGACGGUAAAGGGCAAAGAGUCAGAAAGCCAUGACAGUGACCAUGAACCGAGUGAGAGAGACCAUUUGGUGAAGGACAGAGAAAGACGCAGGGAAUACCAUGCAGUCGACGUCAUAGCUCGCACCAAUGGAAACCCGCCAACUUCCAGGAACGAUCGGCAUGCCCUAAACUUCCUCACGCUCCUUUCUCUUACAGGGAAAUCGCUGUUGUUGGAGGUGAUUGGGAAUUACGGAUUAGGAGUGGAUUGUUGGGAUCCUUAUCGAUUCCAGGUGAAGAAGGAUGAACAUACAGAGAAGAUCACGUCCUACACUUUUUCCACUAGGUAUAAAAAACGAUUGCCUCAUCCCGUUACCAUCAUCGAUACCCCAGGCUUCCAAAAUGCGCCAGGCGAGGGUGACCAAAAGCUGAUGGGAGACAUCCGCAAUUUCAUCCAUUCCAACCAGAUGCCCAUCCAUGCCGUGGCAUACGUCAUCCCUGGCUCUCAGGGGAGAUUGACAGCGGAGCAGAAGACACUGAUGCGGAACAUGCCCAACGCCUUGGGAGAAGACGAAGAGGGUAUUGAAAGGAUCCCGUAUUUGUUUUGCACGUUUGCGGACAGCAAACGCCUGCCUAUUCUACAAUCGGUGAAAGAGGCGAAACUCAGUUACAAGAAAGCUUUCGCUGUUAACAGCUCUGCGUACUUCGUAGACGAGAAAGGGCUAUCCAUUGAGGAGAACAAGGAAAACAGAGAAGAAGCGAAGGGGGGAUCCAUCAACGAAAUGCUGUGGAAGAUGACGACGGAGAGCGUUCGAGAAUUCUUAGAGGACAUUCAGUGCAAUUCGCCCCUUCAGGAUAAUCUGUUGGUUCAAGUUAAUCGACCCAUUCGGGUUACUCUGCCGGUUCAGGUUAAUCAACCCAUUCAGGAUAAUCUGCCAAUUCAGGCCUUGAAACCCCAAACACCACAAAAACGUAAAAGGAGUACGGAGGAGGACGUGGACGUGGAGUCAGGAAAGCGAUCCAAAGAAAGAGGGAAAUCGAUGCUGCUGGAAGUGAUGGGGAAUUACGGACUGGGCGUGGAUUUCCUGGAUCCCUAUCGCUUCCAGGUGAAGAAGGACGGACCCACGACGCGGAUCACCACGUACACCUUCUUCACAAGGGACAAGCAAAGGUUUCCGCGUCCAGUAACCUUCAUUGAUACUCCGGGAUUCCAACGGGGGACACUUAAUGAGGACCGCAAGUUGAUGGGAAACAUCCGAGCUCAUAUCCUCUUGAACCAUCCUCAAGGCAUCCACGCCAUCGUCUACGUCCUCACUAGUUCUCAGGGGAGAUUGACAGCGGAGCAAAGGGUAGCGAUGCAGUACAUGGUCAGUGUUUUGGGGGAAGAGGCAGAAGGAGUCCACAAAAUAUCCUAUUUGUUUUGUACAUUCGCGGACAGCCAACGCCUCCCAGUCCUAGGAACCGUGAGAGACGCCGGACUCAGAUACAAGGAAUCUUUCGCCGUCAACAGUUCUUCCUUCUUGGCAAAGAAGGACGACCACGAAGAUAAGGAAGACGACGGGUCGUCCAUAGACAGUGACGGGGGAAACGAAAAUGAAGCGAAGUCGGAUUCCAUCAACGAACGGCUGUUUAAGAUGACGACAGAGGGCAUUGAGAAAUUCUUCGAGAAAAUUCAGGGGAAUCCACCCAUUCAGGCUCGGGAGAGCCAUCCACCACCGAAGCACGAAGUGGAUGGAAAUGGAGAAGAAGACACCGGUUCAACAAGAUCUUCUGGAGAAGAUAGUGAUGUGCCUCUGAUACCGCUCGGACCGAACACCGAGGACCAAGGAGGCUGGUGCACAUGGAACUGCACCGAACGCUUCCGCAACUGAAUCAGACUCAGACACCUUCCUCCGAAUAUCUUUUUUUUUUGCACCUUGCUGAAGAAGAUUCCUGUCUCUACGAAGCCACAAAACAUGUCGACGAGUGAGAAGACGGGAAGAGAAGAGGCGAGACGAGAAGAGGCCCCGCAUGAACUUCAGAAGCAUCCGGGUCUUCAGAAGGAUAUCAAAUGA